GUGGCAGCUGUGGGCUCCGGCCAAUGAGCGGCGCCCGCAUCAGCCCCCUCGGGAGGCGCAGCCGGAAGGGGCGGAGCUGAGGCGGCGGCGGCUGAGGCGGCAGCGGUGGCGGCGGCUCCGGAGGCCGCAGUCCGCGUCCCCGCUCCGGCUCUUGCCGCACCAUGGUGACGCUCGCCGAGCUGCUGGUGCUGCUGGCCGCGCUGCUGGCCACGGCCUCGGGCUACUUCGUCAGCAUCGACGCGCACGCCGAGGAGUGCUUCUUCGAGCGGGUCACCUCCGGCACCAAGAUGGGCCUCAUCUUCGAGGUGGCGGAGGGCGGCUUCCUGGACAUCGACGUGGAGAUCACAGGACCAGAUAAUAAAGGAAUCUAUAAAGGAGAUCGAGAGUCCAGCGGGAAGUACACGUUUGCAGCCCACAUGGAUGGGACGUACAGGUUCUGCUUUAGUAACAGGAUGUCCACUAUGACUCCAAAGAUAGUCAUGUUCACCAUUGACAUUGGGGAGGCUCCCAAGGGACAAGACAUGGAGACAGAAGCUCAUCAGAACAAGCUAGAAGAAAUGAUUAAUGAGCUGGCAGUGGCAAUGACAGCCGUAAAGCACGAGCAGGAGUACAUGGAAGUCCGGGAGAGAAUACACAGAGCCAUCAACGACAACACAAACAGCAGAGUGGUCCUUUGGUCCUUCUUCGAAGCUCUUGUUCUAGUUGCCAUGACAUUGGGGCAGAUCUACUACCUGAAGAGAUUUUUUGAAGUCCGGAGGGUUGUUUAAAAGGCCUUUUCUUGUUAAUCCCAAAUUCAUGAUUUACUUGUUUACCAAACACCUUGGUCAUAAUGUCAUUAGUUUAUACAUUUUUAUUUUCUGAAUGUUCAUGACUUAUGUUUCUUUGUGAUUAGUAGGUGUUGGGAAAAACCUGUUUAAAAGAGUUAGAGUGAAAAUUUGACAUUUGAUUGGCCUAUAAUUCUUACUUGAAAGUAGCCCCAUUAUACAGGUCCUUCCAAGAAUCCAGAGGCUGUUAAUGCUGUAUAGGACUAUGGUCUUUAUUAUGUUUUCCCAUGUGGUUUUCAUAAUAAAAUGCAGUUUGUCCAGGAAGUAGCCCACAGCCUGACAAUACUUGUUAACUGCAUUCUAGUAGUCCCUUGGCUGUGGUUCAUCAUCAGAGGCUCAUUUUGUUAAUACAGCAACAUAAUCUGAAUCUUGUGGCCCCACCUCAGUGCAGAGAGACCUGAAGGGGCGUAUUACCAGGUUGGGCACUCAUACUUUCUCUUGAGUUUGAUUUAAAGACUCAUCGCAGCUCUUCCCCUAAAGUUUUAUAUUGACCCUUAGAACUGAAUCACCUCUAAUUGAAGUGACACAAGCAGCCAAUAACUUAGCCGUCUGUUGAAUCCAGUUCCCAGGUGUCGGAACAAGACUGCUGUCCCUGUGUGCUGCAUAGUCUGUCCUUUGUUGGCACUUAGGAAGAUCCAGUUCCUCACAUGGAAGCCUGCACUUCUCAAGCCUCCAGGAUUGCUUGCAGUGAUAGGCAGCCACUGUUGUCUUUUUAGUCAGUGGUCUUCAGUGUCAGCACUAACUAGGGUUUGUUUGUCCUCUGGGGUCUUUCUUUUUUGGCACAUGUCAGUUUUGUUUAUAUGAAAUGAAGAGACUGUCUCUCUGAUGAUGGGUUUAAUGAAAGGCGCUCUGCUUUGGGUGUGGGCAGUCCAGGAUUAUGUGGUGACUAAUGUCUGUUAGUUACCUGGAUAUUUUAUUUUUCUUUUUGGAUCUUGCAAGGGGAAAACUAUAAGUAACAAGUUUUAUAAAUUUAAUUUAAAUUUGUUACAGGUUUUCAUGUCCGGGACAAAUAAUUUUUCAACCUUCGAUGAUAUCCUUGCAACAGUUUGUUGGUAAGGUGACUCUUUCACCUAGGGCAACUGUUGCAUGCCAAUUUUUUUUGUGUGUGUGUGUGGAAACACUUCAGAAUUGAAUUAAAAGAUGUAAAUUUAAAAUUGGUUGUGUAUCUAAUAUGCCCCAGGUUCAGUAAAUAAAACAAUUCUUUUUAAAAACA